UCCUCGUGGUAAUCCAAUCAAUCGACAAAGGAAUAAAAAAUCAAUCAACAAAGCUGCGAAUGCCGCCAAAAGCUCCAGUUGCAGAGAAGAGAGAGAAGAUGGCGAAGGUAGAGAGCAGCUGCGGAUCUUCACGGUGGUCUCUCACUGGAAUGAACGCUCUUGUCACCGGUGGCACUCGUGGAAUCGGGCAUGCGAUUGUUGAGGAACUAGCUGAAUUAGGGGCUACGGUACACACGUGUUCUCGCAACGAAGCUGAGCUCAACCAUUGCUUGCAAGAAUGGACCGGUAAGGGUUUCGCAGUCACCGGUUCGGUCUGCGAUGCAUCUUCUCAAGACCAACGCCUACAACUCAUGGAAAAGGUCUCUUCUCUUUUCACUGGCAACCUCAACAUCCUUAUAAACAAUGUUGGGACAAACAUAAGGAAGAAGACUGCUGAGUAUACAGCUGAAGAAUAUUCUAAGCUGAUGGCUACCAACUUUGAAUCUACUUACCAUUUAUGUCAGCUUGCAUAUCCUCUUCUAAAAGCAUCUGGAGUUGGAAGCAUUGUCUUCAUUUCCUCUGUUGGUGGUCUGGUGAACAUUUCUUCUGGAUCCAUAUAUGGAGCAACUAAAGGUGCAAUAAAUCAACUGACAAAGAAUUUGGCUUGUGAGUGGGCGAAGGACAACAUCCGAUGUAAUUCUGUUGCACCCUGGUAUAUCAGAACGUCACUCGUAGAGCAUUUGCUAGAUAACAAAGAGUUCCUAGAAAGGAUUAUAUCUAAAACCCCUCUUAUGCGGGUUGGAGAACCAAAGGAAGUCUCGUCCCUGGUGGCAUUCCUUUGUCUACCUGCUUCUUCUUACAUCACUGGGCAGGUCAUUUCUGUGGAUGGAGGAAUGACUGUGAAUGGCUUUGGACUGUGAGUGAUUUCUUAACCAACUACUUUACUAGAAAAAGAGAGUGCAAAUAAGCCAUUUCCCCCACUCGACGCACGGUGGAACAAUCCUAAAACAGUUUACUUUGUUGUAAAAUGUUCCUAGUGUUUUUAGUAAAAUGUUGUUUCAGUAAUGCAUUGUUCAUGACUGCUGAGAGGCAAUGAUGUAUUUCAAAGUUCUAAGAUUUUUUGCUUUGAAUAUUGUCAGUAAACGAGUAAGAUGCCCCGCUUUUCCCUUUA